AUGGGUCAUACACACUCAACAGCUGUGAGGAUGCCGGUGCCGAUGCAGGUGUCAACUGGACCAGUGACGGUCAUGGACGAGAAUGGAUCUUACCGACAAGUGUACAUUCCUGGGGUUCCGGCCCAGGCCAUGAUGCAGAUCCCCGCCGCUCCAUACGGAACGGGAGCGAGUCAAGGACCGAGCUUGGGCCAGACGUUUUACCAAUUCCAGCCGGGGUCGGCGGCGCAGUUUGCCAACGCGGCGCACUUCCCGGCGCCGCCACCGGCGACACUCACGACGACGGUGGACGUGGCCAGCGGGGACGGCCUUGCGGGUGGCGACUUGCCGUCGUCGACAACGGCGGCGUCGGCCGUGUCGCCGGUGGUCGUCGAGAUGGCCGAGGCCACGACCAUGACCACGGGUUCUCCGAAUGGACGCCAUUCCUCGCCAACUGCCCACACCCGGCUGCUCCACGGGAGUCCUCCAUUUGGGAAAGACGAGCGUGCGAGGAGACAGAGUCAGAAGCUGAAGCAGAAAUUGAUGCAGCGAUCAGUGAUGCCAUUGACAAACGCGACUUCGUCUGCUUACCCUGCAGCAGGGGGAUCCUCGCCCAGAAAGGUGAGCGACUCGAGUAUUAACAAGAAUGGACGAACAGCACCAGUCGACACUCGGCCUGAAUACGAAGAAGAGGAAGAGCUUAUCAACAUCUUAUCCACGAUUCAACCACCUCAGAUAUCUGAAGUGGAAGCCCGUUGCGCAAUGGUUGCGUGGUCAGCACCAACGGCCUUGACCGAGCUUUUAGCCGCUGUGGUACUCGAAGACUCUGCCAAAGACCAGCAGCAGCAGAAAAACCCAGCAGCAACCGUCUCCCCACUAAAGGAAACCACUGAAGAACCCUCAAAUGACCCCCAACAGCAACAAGAUACCCAAGUGCCGCAGCAGCAGCAAAGCAAGUUCAGCAAGGAGAUCAUGGACCUGGCCCGAGAAAUGUACGAGACUGACGUCAUUUAUGACGUGAUGCUGUCGGACAAGGGCCGGGACUCGCGGUACUUCAAGACCAUUUACGUCGGGGAUGCCAGGGACUGUAAGCUGACGGAUUUGAAGCCAGCUACGGAGUACUACAUUUGCAUACAGGCCGUGUACGAGGACGUGCGAGGGCGGAUGAGCGACACCGUGACCUUUUCCACGGCUGGAUGUGAGCCGGAUGCCCCUGCGCCGCCCAAACUGCAACAGCGAUCCAAAUACGCCUUGCAACUAAAGUGGCAUCCUCCCACUGAAAAUGGCGGCAAGUUGAUCAAGUACAUCUUGGAAAGUGACGAAGGGCGGAACGGGGUGUUCAAUGUGGCCUAUGAGGGCCCUCAGCGUGGCUGUCGUCUCACGAAACUCAGUCCUGCCAUGUCGCUCCGACUUCGGCUCGCGGCAGUCAACAAAUUUGGAUCGAGCAAGUGGUCGGAGGUGGUGUCGAUGUCGACGAGUGGGUCAGCCCCGGGUCAACCGACAGCCCCCUGGUGCGAGCGCGUUGACACGAGCAGCGUCAGCGUGGCCUGGACCCGACGCUCACCCGACGAGUCCUUCACGCUUCAAAUGGAGGAACAUGGCGGCCCGCAUGGGUUCCUGCCGCAGUACAAUGGCCGCGACACCAACUGCCACGUGUCCAAGCUCAAGCGAAACACGAUCUACAGAUUUAGGCUGAUGGCGAGUAACGACGAAGGGACGAGCGUGCCGUCGGAAGUGAUGGAGGCACGAACUCUGUGCGAGGCGCCGGGCCGCCCAACGGCGCCCAAGACCAAGGGAAAAGUGCUGACGCAAUCAUUCCGCCUCACUUGGGAGCCGCCUGUGAACGAUGGCGGUUGUCCGCCUUCUUCCUAUGAGCUUGAAUUGGACGACGGUUCUGGAUUCCGGAACGUUUACACGGGAGCGGAUGUGGAGCACGUGUGCGACCACCUGACGCCGGGCACGUGCCACCGGGCCCGCGUGCGGUGCUCUGGGCCCGGCGGCACGUCGGACUUCUCCGAGACGACGUCCGUGUCCACGGCGGCCGUGUGCCCGGGGCCAUGUGCCCCGCCGCGCUGCGUGGGCAAGCCCAAGGCCAACUCGGUGUGCUUGCGUUGGGCCGUGCCCGAAGUGGACGGCGGCACUCCGGUGACGGACUACGAGGUGGACGUGACUGGGCCGGAUAAUACGACGGCGUCCGCGUACCGGGGACGGGACACGGAGUGCGUCGUUGCGAGCUUGCUGCCUGGCACGCCGUAUUUGUUUCAAGUCAGGGCCGUCAACAAAGCCGGACCUGGGGCGUGGUCAGAACCAACAGAGGUGGUGUCGGGAGCAGGUCCACCAGACAAACCACGUCAACCAGUGCUUGCUGCCAGGUCUCCGCACAUUGUGGCGGUCGAGUGGGAAGAGCCGUUGAACAACGGCGCCGCUGUGUCACAGUACAAGUUGGAGAUGGCGCCGGUGGCCCAACAGCAGCAGCAGCAACAACAACCGCCAAGUGCCGUGACUGCUGCUGGGGAUGCUGAGGAUUCCGGUUCUUUAGGACUCGACUUCAGCGCCAUCUAUGUCGGACCACUUCUCUGCCAUGAGGCCAAGAGCUUACAGCCUGCUGCCACGUAUUCUUUCAGAGUUCAAGCGAGCAACUCGGCAGGCACAAGCGUGUUCUCUUCGGCGUCCAGCAUCACUUUGCCUGCAUCCGUGCCCGGGGCCGUUACCGGGGUCACUUGCCGACCUCACCCGGUCACCGACGACAUGUCGACUUGCUUGCACGUGACCUGGGGUCAAGCUGCGAGCAACGGCAGUCCCAUCACGCACUAUGUCGUGGAGGCAACUGUGGCGACGCCGGGCUCGGGAUCCGGCGCCGUGGCGCCCACGGUGCGCAGCCAGGUCCUGGACCCGAGUCGGGACAGCUUCACGUUGGAGGACCUCAUGCCGGAAACGACCUACAAAGUACGAGUGCAGGCAGUGAACGGCGUCGGCGCCGGUCCAUUGUCGCCGGCGUGUCGCGUGACGACGCGACCACUGCCGCCACCGGCGCCUCGCCUCGAGCUUUUCUCCGCCACGCACAACGCUCUGAAACUCAAGUGGACCGACGUGUCGACGUCGUCUUCCUCACUCACAUCCGCCUCAUCAUUGUCGUCGUCGCCGUCUUCAUCGACGGCGGCGGCUGGGUCGUCGUCGUCGUCUGCCGCCAUCACCAACCAGCAGCAUCAGGCGUCUUCGUCCUCUUCGGGCGGCUCCUCAUCGUCCUCCGCAUUCGCUACUCAAAAUGUGUCUGCAAACGGCGGCUCGUCGUCGUCGUCGGCGGCGGCUGCGGCUGCUGCUGCGAGACUCGCAUUCCCGAUCACGUACUUGCUCGAGAUGGAGAAUCCGAAGCAUCCGGGGCGGUUCUACUCUGUCUUCAACGGCUCUGCGACGGGCCACAAGGUGCAGAAGUUGAAUGAGGCCUCCAGGCACAGGUUCCGGGUGUCGGCGAGCAAUGAGAGCGGAUCCGGUCCGUACUCGUCUGUCUGCGAGUUCUGGACGACGAAGGCGCCUCCGCAUGUCGUCAAAGCGCCGAAAGUGACGAUGGACGCUUCUGGGGCUUGUGUGAUCGACUGGCAGCCUACGAAACCUGCUCCGGGAUCGGAUCUGAUCUCCUACCGACUACAAGUGUCUCGAACUGCUGCCUCUGACCCAGUAGAGAUUUAUUCGGGACGGGAGUCGUCCUUCACGUAUCACCAAGUGGCGCCGACGGACCGGGAACUGGCGUUUCGGGUGUGCGCCGUCCGCGAGCCGAAUCCGAACCCGGCGCCGGACGGGGACGACGGCGACGACAGCAGCGACUUUGACGGCACUGGGGACGCCGUGGCCAAGCCCGUGCCGCCGCCGUCGAUCCUGGGCCCCAUUUUGGGGCCCUGGUCUCAGUGGACCCCGUUUCGUGUACCGAGUGUCAGUGUGGCCGACGCCGUGGACGGCGGUGCUGGGAAGGACGGCGUCGCCGGCGACGAAUCUGGCGCCCGUCCCGCACUGGAACGCGAAUGGACUGUGGAGCAGUGGGCUUUGCUGUUGGUAGCGGUGCUGACCUUGCUGGUCGUCCUCCUGACCGUAGUUUUCGAAUACGCCAUGUCCGACGGGUCGCAGACUGAAGGCGACGACCUUCCCUCUCAUUCGACACGAUAUUGAAGAAAGAUAAGUUGAAAGACUGAAACUGCAAAUAUCACUCAUCGCCGCCACCAACCAACCAACCAAGAUUUGAACUGACCGAAACUAUGCAACCAAGAUGAAGAAAGAAACCGGAAGAACAGGAAGAAGAAAAAAAAUAAGAAGAAGAAAAAUGGGAUAUUGGAAGUUUUAAAAAGAAUCCGAAGGAAAAACGCGAGAUUUCAGGUGCGAAUCAUGGAUGGAGUAAACAAGAUAAAUAUUUUUUUUUUUUUGCGCUGGGACACGAGGAAAAAUAAGUUUUUGUCGCUUGUUUUUGAUUUUGAUUUCGGGAGAAAGCUGUGCUUUAGACGUUGAUGUUUUAGAGACCACGCUUUGAUCACCCCCCCUUUUUUGUUUUCCUGCUGCUCUUAUUCUCAACCUGGAAAAGAAGAAGAAGAAAGGAAAAAUCAUUCCAGACGCGAGUGAGGGACAUUUUUGAUGAUAGCUUUACACAGUGGAAUUGUUCCACGCGGCGCUUGAAAGACACAAGGGCUGCCUUUGUUUUAUUCGUUCGUUUCAAAAAAUAUUCAUUUCCGUUCGUUUGUUUCUGAAUUUUUUUUUCCUGUCCGACUUAUUCCCAAGGCAGAACGACGCGAUUUUAAGUUAUUGACAGUAUUUUUGGCGCACGCCAGAAAACAAAAUAGUUAACUUCAGAAAAUGAGGUUUUAUUUCCCCCCCCCCCCCCCCCCCGCAAGGAUCUGGUUUUCCUUUUUCACGGCUUCCAAAGAAGAAAAGAAAAAAA